AGGACCAUGGCACCCCGGGGUGCAAGCCUGGCCACCUGGAGUGUUCCGUGGAUGUUGGAAAUGAGACGGGUGGGGUUGUCCUGGCAGAGAUGUCACUCUAGUCUGGGGAGGGGCUUGGUGGUUGUCCAUGAUAUCUGGGUGGCUGCCCACCAUCCUGAGAGGCAUGUUCCCUGGAAGGAGCUCCAGGGAGAGGAAUCCAAGGCCACAACCGUUUCCAGCCUUCUGUCUGCUUGUUUGAAAGGGGCCAGCUCUGUCUGGUCCACUGUUGUGUCUGCCCACCUUCCACCCCGGGACUCCAGAGGUUCCUUAGUUCUGGCCAGGUUCCCCCAGGGGUUCCAGGCUGCCUCCCCAGUCAUUUUGGGUGGUCAACACUGCAACCCAAUCCUGGGCAUCCUGUAGAGCCACUGCCACACUAGGCUUCUGAUUGUACUAGGUGGCUGGGAAGUGGGUUCCUGAGGUGUUGAAGGCUUGGUUGCAGGGGUGUGGGGUGUUGGGGGGGGGAUUAUUGCCCACCCACGAGGCCAGACUCUCCCUGCCCUGUCAGCCUGCUAUCCCUCACCUGCCGCCCCCAACAUCCGGCCAAGGUCAGGCUAGGUGUUCAUGCUGGAGGGACCUGUCUGGGGGGGCGGGGCAGGUGGUCAAACAGGUCUGGUGGGUACCUUGGGAACCUGGGAUCUGGAGGGAGUGGUACCAAGGCAGCACCCUCCUGCAGGGAGGGGCACCUAGUAUGCAGUUGCUGGGAGGCAGAGGACUGGGGUCAGAAUUGGAAGGGACGUGCCAGCGAAAGGUAGGAGGCAUCAACAGGAAGAGCCCAAAGGUCAGCUGGGGUCUGUCAUUGUCUAGCUGGGACCCUCUGUCACCUGUUGGGCUUCCAACAUUGCUCUGUGCUGCUGGGCUCCCAAUCCUGAAGUUUGGGUGUCCUCUUCCCUCAUCUUCCUCUCCUGGAGUCUGUGGACUCCCCAGAGUCCGUUCUUUUGGUGGGUGGGGGCAUCCCCUUCUUUGCUCCUCUUGGUGUUGGAUCCUCCUCAUUGCCUAGGGUCCUUCCUGCCUGGUGACUCAGGUCCUCUCUGCUAUCCUCUCUGGGACCUUUUGAGUCUGUAACUUAGGAUCUACUGGGCCCCCUGAGUCCAUCCCAGUGUCUGUCCCUGUCCCCAAUCCUCUGUCGUCUCAUCUGUCCUGCCCCUCCCCCCCUUCCCUAGUCCUGAUCUUCUACUUCCUACUUCAGACACCCUUUUCCUCUGCUCCAACCCAGAGAGUCGCUAACUUUUCCCGUCCUCUCUGCUCCUUGGCUCUGGCAACCACCCUUUCUCUGAAUGCCCCCUGCUCUAGGUUGGGCCAGCCCCUGGCCUUCGUUCUUCCACCACCUCCUUCCCUGGCUGACCGCCUCUCCCCUCAGGCCUCGUCCGGAUGCCCUGCCCUCGGCCACCCUGGCUCCGCCGCCCCCGGGCCGCUGAAGGCUCAGGCCCCUGCUCCCCGGGCUCACUCUCUGUGCCACGCUCCCCGGGCAGGGGGGAGGGUGAAGACGACGGCGAGGAGGAGGAGGAGGAAGAAGGGGACGGCAGCCCGGGCUCGGGCCCCAUCCUGUCCCCCGCGUCUCCCGUGGAGUGCCUCAUUUGCGUGUCCCCCUUCAACGGCGAGUUCAAGCUGCCCAAGCGCCUGGACUGUGGCCACGUCUUCUGCCUCGAGUGCCUGGCCCGCUUGUCCCUGGCCACGGCGGGCGGCGGGGACGCGGUGGCGUGCCCCGUGUGCCGAGCGCCCACGCGCCUGGCCCCGCGCCGCGGGCUGCCCGCUCUGCCCACGCAGCCUGGCCUGCUGCCCCGCGAGGCGCGCGCGCCCACCCCGCGCCGGGGUUCCGUGCGCUUCGACCGCCGCCGCGGCCUGCUGUACCUGCGGCCGCCGCCGCCCCCGCCCGGGCCGCGCAAGUCCCGCGCCGCCCGCCCGCAGCCGCUGCCGCCGCCGCUGCGCCUCGGCCGCCCGCUGUCCCGCCGCCUCUCUCUGAGCAGCCCGGCCUGGGCCUUCAACGCGGCCGUGGCGCUGGCCGUGCUGGUGGCCGCGGGCCUGGUGGUGUCGGGCGUCUACAUCUUCUUCCUCAUCCCGCACGCCGCCUCCUCCGGCCCCGCGCGGCCCCAGCUGGUGGCGCUCGCCCCCGCGCCUGGCUUCUCUUGGUUCCCGCCGCGGCCCGCGCCCGGGGCGCCCUGGACCCCCGCCUGGACGCCGCACCCCACGGGCCGUGACCUGGACACUGCCCUGCCGGGGGCUGCGGAGGACGCGCCGCAGCCCGAAGGGGGCUCCGAGGACACGGUGGAGGGCGAGGGGACGCCGGCCAGGGCCCCGAGCCGCACGUGGAGGGCAGGAGCUGGGCCCGGCUGGGACCCGCGGGGAAGGGGCGCGAGGAGGGUGUGGGGGCCGCAGUAAACGCAUCUGUGCUCCGGGUCCUAUCUUCAGGCCUGGGGACCUCCGUGUCACUCUUGGUGGGGCCCUGCCAGGACCCCUUGCCAUGAUUCUCGUGGAGGCCUUGGUAAGGUGCAUCCCUUACCGAUCGCCCACUUCUCCAGAAGGAGGCCUGGUGGGAUCAUUCCAGACAUCAUCACCACAAAAGCAGGGACCCUCUCAAGGACUACCCCCUGCCUUCAUUCCCACAAGGGGCCCUCAGAGAGCACCCAUGACCCCAAUCCCUGUGGACAUCCGGCAGCUGAGGCUUAUAAAGAUCCCCAUCUUUAUAAAGGUCCUGCUGGGAGCCACUCCAAAGCCUGGUCUCCAUUAGGAUCCAGUGGGAAAUACCCUUGAUCCUCAUCCCUCGUGGCAGUCCACCUGGAGAGCCCCUCUGACCAGAAUGGUGCAGAUACCCUGCUAGGGACACCAUCAGCCCUGAUCACAGGGCUCGACUAAGUGUACCCCCAGUCAUCAGUCCCCUGGGGGAGCACCCUCAGCAAGCAGCUGGGGCUGAAGGCUCUGAUUUACCCACCCUUGGGACUCACUGGAGGUUGCUGGGGCCCCCCAUCUUUGGAGGCAAAGCUGCUGCUGCUGUUAGUCUCUGGCCAUGGUCUGGCCCAGCCCAUUGUAGUCCUCCCCCUCCCCCCUCCUCCCUCCCCCCUCCUCCCUUCCCCACCAAUCCCUACCGAGGCUGUGGAGUUUUCCACUCUGCUGCUUACAGGCUGGGUCUGGGUGGCAUCCAGCUGUUUCCAUGCUGGUCCUUUGUUGCCUCUCCGUAGACAUAGCUGGGACUUGAGCUUGGAGGGGCAGCAGUGGCCUGGCCAGGAUUUAGGAGGGACAGAUAGACCCUGAGCCUCAAAGACUAGCUCCCAUUUGGUCCUGAGUACCAGUUUGCAAUGGGAGCCUCCACAACUCCAAUGGGUCAUGGCUUCUGGGACCCUCCUGAAAUGCUGUAGGGGCAGCUCUGGUCACCUAGGCUUAAAGAGGCUAAGGUUGCCCUCUAGGUCAAUGUCACAUGAUUUUGGGGGUGGGUGUUCCUGGAUCUCCCUGGCCUGCUGGCAGGUAUCCUGGCCACCUUAGGUUCUAGAACCUCCAUCACCCCCAUCUGCACUCAGUUAUUGCACCUCUUCCUCCAGGGCUCUAUCAACCUUUUUUGGCAUCCUUGCCAUUCCCCUAGGUGAAGCUUCAGCCCUCCCUGUGGACGGCAGCCUGCAGGGUUCCUGUCCUCCUCCUCUCAGAAGGCUUCCCUGCUAAUGUCACUGCAGGGUAGAUGGCAGCCGCCUGCUACACAAACUGUCUGUUCCCCCCAGGUCCUGGAGCCCACAUCCUGUCUCACUUUGCCCAGGGUUGGGGUUCUGUGUUUUGUGGGUGGGAAUCCAGCAUUUUCCAGAGAGCAAAAUGACUGCUAUGGGGCUGGAGGCUCCUGUUUGACUUGUUUACAUCUGUGUCCUCAGUGCCUGGCAUACAGAGGGGAGCCAAAUAGUAUUCUGGGGAGUGACAGCAUUGCAGGUGACAAAGAGGCAGCCCAGGAAUGCCUAUGGGCACUCCAGGCCCAACUGUCUCCCAGUCACCCCGAUCUAGUCAUGUCGGCAGAGCUCCUUUUGAUACAAGCUGCUCCUUCCAGGUGGAAAGCCAGAGGGGGAACAUCAGGACAUUGAAGGGAGUGUCUUCCCAGACCAGUUCUUGUUGCACACCCAGGUGUCAACGUCACCCACAGGGGCUGGGGGCAGUGUGCUGGGUCACUGGGCAGUCAUAGCCCAGCCCACUCAGGGAAGGAGGGGACUUGGUCAGGCAAGAACAGGUUGGUGGUCUGUAUUAGUUUUCUCUGGCUGCUGCAACAAAUUACCACCAACUGAGUUCCUUAGAACAACACACAUUAAGUAUCUUAUAGUUCUGCAGGCCUGGAGUCUUGAAAUCAAUUUUGCCUGGAUAAAAUCAAGUGUCCUCAGGGCUAACUUCUCUGGAGGCUCCAAGAGAGAAUGUCCUUAGCUUUUCCAUCUUCUUGAGCUGCAUUCCUUGGCUUCUUCCUCUAUCUUCAUAUUUUAUUUUAUUUUAUUUUUUAAGUAACUACGUCUCACGUGGGGCUUAAAAUCACAAACCCAAAAUCAAGAGUCCUGCGCUCUACUGACUGAACCAGCACGCUCUGUCUUCAAAGGCAGCAGCCUAGCAGCUUCAGAUCUCUCUCUGAUCUGCCUCCCUCUUUCACUUACAAGGACACUGUGAUUGCAUUGAACCCACCCAGAUAAUCCCAAUUUCCUCAGCUCAACAUCCGCAUCUGCAAAGUCCAUUUUGCCAUGUAAGGUAACAGAUUCACAGAUUCUGGGGAUUAGGAUGUGGCUAUCUUUGGGGGACAUUAUUCAGCUUAGCAUAGGGUCUCAGAUAUCCCUCUUCUCAUUCCUUCCCUCCUCCACCCCAGGCUGGGAAAGUGGAGAGGGUCAGGAGUUGGGCCCAGCUGGGGGUGUCAGAAAGGGGCCCUUAACUGGUGGUGCACAGAAGGGGGAGAGACAAUGCUGUCUGCUUGGAAGGAGACCUUAGAAAUGUAUCUUCAAAACAGCUGGCAUCGAGGUAAAGGGACCUGGAACAGGAAGGUGGUGACUGAGGGCAGUGGGCAGGGCUGGCCCCUCCCCCCUGUCCUAACUAGCUUCCUCUUAGGGGCUAGGGAGAGUAAGAGAGUGCUUCUCCACUCUCACAAAUGGAAACCUGAAGCCUCAGUCUUUCUUUCCUUUAAAUGAGGCUGAUGACAGAUCCCAGGGGUCCUGAGCAUUCCUGUCCACUAAUUACUACCUUGAUGCCUGCCCACCUGCUGCCCACAAACAAAAGGAGCUGCCCCAAACCACACUGGGUGACUCCUUCCCAUCCUUGCCUACCAGCCUAUGUGGCCACCCAGAGUUGUGCUCUCCCAGCCCUCUCUCUGCCCACUGCAUCCCCGCUGCAUAACCACCCCUCACCAGCCCCAGGCUUGCUCCUUCUUCUAGGUCCUGGUGCCUCUGACUACCCAGAGAGGGGGCAUCAACCUCAAUGCCUUGCAUGGUGCCAGAGAUACCAGACGUUUGUUCUUUUCUCUGUAAAAUGGACAAU